AUGGACGGCAACUGGCCUGAAAUGUCAUUCACGGCCGAUCGUCGAAGCGAGCGCAGUGGUUCAGAUCGAGCCUUCGAUCGGCCAAUUCCCAAUCGCCCAAGCACCGUCGAGACGAGCUCCUCAUUGCAGUCAAAGUCCAGCUCGGCCACCGAUCGUGACGAUGGUGCGACCGACCCAAGAGGUUCUUUGGGACUCAAUCUGCUUCAUUCGCCAUCUCAACCAGCUAUUGAUUUCAUAUUUGUCCACGGCUUGGGUGGAGGGUCAAGAAAGACAUGGAGCAAGACCACUUCCAUGAAGCAUUUUUGGCCGCAGGAAUGGCUACCCAAAGAUCCUGCAUUUCAAGAUGUUCGCAUAUACAGUUAUGGCUACGACUCAGACUGGGCGAGAGGCAAAGAAAACAUACUGAACAUACAUCACAUCGGCAAGUCCUUUUUGGGAGAACUAGAAACGACACCACAUCUUUGCACGUCCAAAACGCCAAUUGUUUUCAUUGGCCAUAGUAUGGGUGGGCUCGUUAUAAAGCAAGCAUACAUGCUGCUCAAGCAGAGUGGAGAAAGCAGUACUAUGUCUGGGCGAUUCAACAGUAUCUUCUUCCUUGGGACACCGCAUCGGGGAUCUAGCUCUGCAAAGCUCCUCAAGAAUAUCUUGCAGAUGACGUACUCCCAUCGAGCGUACGUGGCAGACUUGGAAAAAGGUUCCGAUGCCAUCCAGUCAAUCAACAAUGAGUUCCGGCAAUACUCGAUGGACCUCAGUCUUUGGUCAUUCUAUGAAACCCAAAAACUUAGUCUUGGGCUAUUCAAUACGCUCAUAGUCGACCCAGAAUCAGCAGUCCUGGGAUAUCCACAGGAGAAACAAAUGCCAAUGAAUGCCGACCAUCGCUCUAUUUGCAAGUUCGAAACACCUUCAGACCCAAAUUUUCUUAUUAUCAGAAAUUCACUGGCAUUUUCUGCCAAUAGUAUUCGCAAUCUUGAAGCCAAAGUCAUAACCACCGCGACGCCCUUUGAAGUCGAAAAUCUCAGAACUUAUCUUAAAGUUUCCCAUGAUUUUCAGGAUGAUCUGGUAAUGGCAGAAGAUUCUCGAAUGGAUGGCACCUGUGAUUGGCUUCUGGAGAAACAAAGUUUCCGCAAUUGGCGUGACUCUCCUAGCACAACGUCGCGAAUCUUAUGGAUCUCUGGUCCACCUGCGACAGGGAAAUCAAUCCUUGCUGGAUACGUGGUUGAUCAACUCCGCAAGGCCGACUGCAAUUGCAGCUUCUUCUUCUUCAAACACGGGGAUAAAUUCAAUGAAGACGCGAGAAGAAUGGUUUUGAGCAUGUCAGAUGAGAAGCGCGACUUCCAUCGAGAUAACGAGCGCUUGAUGUGGCGAACGCUUUUCUCCUCCGGAAUAUUCCAGGCUGGAAUUGCGAGAACUUACUGGAUAAUUGACGCCCUGGACGAAUGUGUUAAUUUUUCUCCAUUUCUCGAUACCAUGAUCUCAAAGCUCGACAGUGCAGUCCCUCUGAGGAUAUUGAUAACGAGCCGUGAAACUCCAGAGAUUGGCCAGCUCCUCGGCGGCCUCAGCAUGCCAGACGUUCUGGCUGAGAAGAUAUCUGUUGCAGACACAGCGUCUGAUAUCUAUCGCCUAGUGGAUUCCAAAGCUAAGACCUUCUUAGCUAGGUCUGAAGAUGACCGCAGAGCUUUGGUGAACAAGAUCGUCAGCAAAUCCAAAGGGUCCUUCUUGUGGACAACACUUGUACUCAGAGAGCUAUCAAACACAUACACCGAAGAGGGAGUAGCGCAAGUCCUUGAAGAAGUUCCCCGCGGUAUGAAUCAGCUCUACAGCAGAACACUCGCAUUCAUGGCUCAGAUGCCUCGGAGCAAACCACUUGCUACGGCGAUUUUGACAUGGGUAGCUUGUUCAGCACGACCAUUGACCACAACCGAGCUUGAAGGUGCACUGAGUCUAGACGUACCCGGGGCAUACACCAACCUGAAAGACACUAUUCUUGCACUUUGUGGUCAGAUGGUUGUGGUUGACAAAUUUGACAAGGUUCAAAUGAUCCAUGAAACAGCUAGAGAAUUUCUUUUCAACAAGGAUAUGGUAUCAGAAUUCUCUAUCGAAAAAAAAGCGGCUCAUGCCCGAAUUGCCAAGGUUUGUCUUACGUAUCUUGCCAGCGAAGAACUGAAGCCACCUCGAAUGCCACGGCGUACGAAAGCUCCACACAAAAGGAUGGACUUCGCAGUUUACGCUUGUAUCGCCUUUUCGUAUCACCUAGCGCAUUCGGAUCCUCAGAACGGUGAUGUCUUGCGGCUUCUCGAUCGCUUUUUAGGUCUUAACGUCUUGUCGUGGAUUGAAUUCAUCGCCCAGGGCGGAAAUCUCAAUCCCUUGGUUAGCGCGGCAAAGCAUUUUCAAGUAUAUUAUAACGAGGCUAGUGCAGAACGCUCGCCACUAGGGAAAGACAUGCGCACAGUCAAGUCCUGGCAGACAGAUCUUGUUAGAAUAUCAGCAAGAUUCUCAGAAGCGAUCCUAGCAUCUCCAAUCUCCAUCUUCUUCACCAUUCUACCGUUCUGUCCUUCCGAGUCCGCAAUUCGAAAGACCUCGUUUGCGUCCAGAAAACUGUCUCUCCAUGGUCACUCAGAGACCCAAUGGGAUGAUCGAUUGACGUGCAUCGAUUAUUCCGGCUAUCAAACCACCGCUGUGGGAAAUGGCGAAGGUGUCUUCGCAGUAGGGCUUUCCGAUGGCGCUAUCAAGCUUUAUCACGCGAUGUCCUGCCAAGAACUGAGGUCGCUUCAGCAUGGCGAAGCAGUGAAACUUUUAACCUUCAAGCCCAAAUCCAACCUUCUGGCAUCCUGUGGAAGCAGACAAAUACGGUUAUGGAACACAUCGACUGGCGAAAAUCUCCGGUCACUCUCGGUGCCCCAUCGCAUAAUUGGGAUAAUCUUUGAUGCUGAGCGGCUACUUGCUGCGUCUUGCAAAAGCUAUCUGACAACCUGGAUUCUGGAAGACAAUGAGGCUGAGCCCAGCAUAGUCUCAUGGGCAAGAUCCAGCGAAGGCUCAAAGCCUCGGGCCCAACAGCCUCCAAAUGCCAUCUCCAUCUCUACAGAACAUGGUUUACUCGCUAUUGCGCAUAGCGGUCAUCCGGUCAUUCUCUGGGAUAUCGAAAGUGAAUCUCUGUAUGGAACCUGUGGUAAACGUCUUCCCAACGGCGAGACCAGUACCCAUCGUGUAACUUCGCUGGUUCUCAAUGCCAACCCUGGACUAGAGUUACUGGCGAUAUCCUAUCUUGAUGGAGACCUUGUCAUUAUGGAUCCCUUCUCUGACCUGGAGAUCGAGUCGGUACGCGCUGAGUGUCAUACGCUAGCUGGCAGCCCUGAUGGGCGAUUUCUUGCCGGAGCAGCGGGCCACGGCACCAUCAAAAUAUACGAAUUCGAGACUUUGAAGCCGGUUUACAGCAUUAGAGCUGCGAACUACUUCAUCAAACAGAUCGCUUUUAGUCACACCAGUCUUCAGCUAAUUGAUAUUCGAGGGGCACAAUGUAACGUAUGGGAGCCUGCUGCGCUUGUGCGUAAUUCCACGACGGAUGACAGCAGUGAAGGCACAUUGAUGUCUGUUUCAGAAGCAGAUGCAAGACCAAGUCACCCCAGAGUGGAGAGCCUGGCCAUCAAUCCCAAAGACGAUGUUGUUUUCUGCGGUAAAGCUGAUGGAAUUAUCAGUGUCUACAGUUUGAAAGACGGCAGACUCGUAAAAGAUCUCUACAAGCACAAAUUACAGAUCAGGGUCUUGAUCUUGUGGGAAAAUCAGAACGUCAUCCUGAGCAUUGAUGCCUCGAAUGCUAUUCUUGCAACAAAGGUAUCAAAAUCGACGGACGGGAAGUGGGCUGUAAAGGAAGUAUUCUCCUCCCGGAUUACUUCGGCAUCGCCUGUCACCAACCUUUUACAUGCUGAGCUUUCUGCUCAUUUUCUUGCUUGGUCGCGGGAAUCUGACCAUCUUUGGACAAUUGAGGGACGAGAAAUCGCGUCAAGGACACAUGAGACUCGCGAUAUUCCUCGAACAUGGGUAAAUCACGCAUUCGAUAGAUCUCAUGUGGUCUGCACUGAUAUCCAAUCUGUGUCCAUCUACAGAUGGGAGAACUUGGCUCCAAUUGCCCGUGUAAAUUUGUCAUCAACUCCUCGGCACCUGCAGAUGAAGAAUGCAAUCAGUCUCGGGACGAACAACGAUUGGCGCUUGAUUCUGGAACUCUCAGAGUUGAAUGGCCCAGCCACUACGGAAAUGCUGUACUUGGUGGACCCAUCCAUCGUGUCUACUGUCCCAGUUGCCGCAAGUAAUGGAUCGAACCAAGCGACUGCUGCUUCGAUAGCAUUGGGCCUACAACUGAGCAGCCUGGCGAAUCAAGUAUCGCAGGUUCUUGGCGUGAUUGACACAGGAAAGCUUCUCUUCCUAGAUAUUCACUCCUGGAUCUGUUCCAUCAAUCUCACAAAAUUAGAGGAUGGGGUACGGAGCUACUCUAGGCACUUCUUUGUUCCAUAUGACUGGUUUUCCGGAUCUAGAAAUGUAGUAUGUUCUCUAGGGAAACGGGACGUCGUACUGACACGAAAUGGCGAAGUUGCUGUGAUCAGAAACUGGAUGAUAUUCGAAGAGCAAGUUCUACUUGAGCUUUGA